GAUGGUGGGCUGCGUGGGUUGCUUCUGGGUGCUCCUCUCCUCGGGCCUGGUGGCCGUCUGCAGCUUCAGCUUCCUCUCGCCCGCCUGGAUCGUCAAGGAGCGCGGCGCCGGAGCGCGGCGCUUGGCGGCGGCGGGGCUGCUGGAAGGCGGCGGCGGCGGCGGCGAGGUGAGCUUCGGCUUGCUCUGGCACUGCGCCGAGCCCUGGCGCCACGUGCACGACUGCUACACCUUCGGCGGCCUGGGCCGCUUCAGCGAGAUCCCCUCCGGCUCCUGGCAGACGAGCGCGGUGCUGUGUUCUGGGGGCUGCGCCCUCUUGGCCUUCAGCGCCUUGCUGGCUGUCAUCGUGCUCUUCCUUCCCAGCGGGGCCUGUGAGAGACGGGUGUGUACCCUUGCCAGUUACAUUCAGACUGCAGCGGUGUUCAUCAUGGGUUCUGGGCUUCUGGUCUACCCUUUCGGUCUCGGUUCUGCCACCGUGCGGAGACGCUGUGAGAAUGCGAGCCUUUACUAUGCAGGAGAUUGCCAGAUCGGCUGGGGGUACAUGUUGGCGAUCGUCGGCGUCAUGCUGUCCGUCUUUUUGCCGUUCUUUGCAAAAUAUGCACCAAAAGAGCACGCCUCUCCGACUCCACUACCCACGAUUUUAUAGUAUUUUAUUUGUACCGAACAAAAGACCGGUUCUGUCUGCGACCGAAGGGCAGCAGAAGUAUCAAAGCACUUCCCUUUUUUUUUUUAGCCACAUUGCUAAAAAGAGAGAGAGAUUGAGUCAGACGUUACAAAGACCCAAAGUGCACUGCUAAAGUCUUCCGUACAGGUGACAUAUCCAUCACUCUGGAUCCGCAGCGAGGUCUGAGCGGCUGUUGAGAAUGCUGCGGCGAUCAUCUAUAAUGGCUGAAUGCUUCAGAAGAAAAAAGAAAGACAGAAAUCCGUGUUUGUCCUCGAAGUACCUGUCUACCUCCCAGUUUCUUUGUGUGUGUGUGUGUGUGUUCAGGAUCUUUUUGUCAAGCCUCACCUCGCUUUUUUAUAUCUUAUUAAACGUCAGGGCUUUUUUGAACCCAGUCGUUUGGAACCUGACGGGGCUAUUUUGUUAGAGUUUAUUUAUACGAUAAGCGGAGAGCUUACAAAUCUAGUUUAGUAGAGGCAAACUGUGUGCAAAAAAAAAAAAAAGUAGAAGUGUGUUCUUCCGUUUUGUUUUGUAAAUUGGUACAUGCCGAUAAUGUGCCUGAAUAUUGAAAACGUACAGGCACACCUUUUCGUACAGCCCAAGUAUGACUCUCUGGACCAGCCACGACAUGAUUUGGCUUGUCUUUGCUCAAAAGAGGUGUGUCUGCUUCUAAAAAUACUUGGCCAAUAUUCG